AUGCGUCUCAUCGCUUUAGCUGCCGUGUUGGCAGCAGCACAGGCACCAGCAUCCGCCUUCUCCUUCUCGGAUCUGUUCGGCGGCGACGACGAUUCGAGGUCUGCAACAAAUUCAGCAACAGGCAAUGCGAACGGCAGUGGAAGCGCUGAUCUCUCGGAUGGAACCGACAUCAAGCCCCGACAGCCUCUUCUGGAUGCCGAGGACUGGUUCCUCACCGAAAAGGAGAUCACUGCAUCACGCGGGGGCAUCCCUCGAACCGACAUGUCGGUCUACACGACAGGCAACAAGGUGACGUCCUACACGGUGGCUAACGAGUUCUACGACGCCGUGUACGAGGAUCUCAGCUCUACCAAAGAGGGAGACCGCGUCAUGCUUGCUGCAUGGCUAACAGCUCUCGUCCCACUUAAACCGGAAGUUGAUCCGACCGGAGCUAAGUCUGGUGUCAAGGAAGUAAUGGCAGGUGUGGUAAAGCGUGGUGGGCACGUCAACAUCCUGAACUGGUCGAACAUUGGAGUCGGAUACACUCCUUACAACAUUAAGGCUCGUGAUGCUAUCAACAGUAUCCCACCUUCUCCAAUUAACGGCGCUAAAGCCGUGCUUAUCUUCGACGACCGUGUGCCCAAAGCUUUGUCCUCUCACCACCAAAAGAACAUGGUAAUUGCAGCCAGCAGCUCCACCGAUCCGGACGACCAGCCCGUAGCGUACGUGGGCGGAUAUGACCUUGCCAAUGACCGGUGGGAUACGAUCUACCACAACAACAGUGCACUGCGUGAUGAGGCCAAGAUCACAUUCCGCGAGAAAGGUUGGAUGGACGGUCACAUUCGUAUCCAUGGUCCAGCCGCCAAAGACGUGGCCAGCAACUUCUUAGCUCGAUGGAAUUCCGACUAUCUGCCAUGCCAGGGUCUUGACGACGAUCUCUUGGAUUUUAGGAACCCCAAGUACGAGCAUUUACCUCCUCUGGACUAUGCUAGUAGCAACACCACAGCAAAACUCGGACACCAAAGUGUUCAGAUCACACGGACAUUCAGCUGUAUGUACGAACAUUACAAGGAGUUUGCUCCUCGUGGAGAGACGUCGCUGUUCCAAGCACGACUCAAGGCCAUCAAGAAUGCCAAGAACUUUAUCUACAUUGAAGAUCAGUAUUUUGUGCUCGUCCCGGAGCUUCUUCAAGCGAUCAUGGAAGUGAUGCCCACGAUCCAACGACUGGUUGUCGUUGCCAACCCACAAACCAGUCCAUUCACCAAUGCUGGUUACAUCAAAUACUUCUACGAGAGCGUGGAGCCUAUCCGGUCAAAGUAUCCCAACAAGUUCAAAAUCUACACAACCAAAGCUAAGCGAGAUAUCCUGAUUCACUCGAAAAUCGUGGUCAUUGACGACGUGUAUCUGUCUAUUGGCUCGGCGAACUGGAAUCGUCGUAGUAUGACGUCCGACUCGGAGCUCAACGCGGAUGUGGUAGACACCAAAACCGUCAAAUCUCCCGAAGGGGUCAUUGUUGGUAGGCUGCCGCGUGACUUCCGUAUUCGCAAGUUCAUGGAGAUGACAGGGCUUAGCUACAAGAAGCUCAACGCCAUGACAUUUAUUGAGGCAGCAGAUGAGCUAGCCAACGCUGUUAUCGAUGAAUCAACUAUCCUCGAUAACAAUAAUAUUCAGCACCAGGCAUACUUCUUCGCCAUCACAAACGCGAUGCGAAAAGUGUCGGACCCCCAGGACACGUGUACGUACAGCGGUAGUGAAGUCACUAAGGAAACAAAGUAA